CGCCCUCUAUAUGAUAUUCGAUACGACAUCGCAGCGCCACCAAGUGUACAAAGUAGAAACUAUCGGCGACGCCUAUAUGGUGGUCAGCGGUCUCCCGAUAAGAAAUGGAGACCAGCAUGCGGCGGAGGUGUGCACGAUGGCGCUGGAACUACGUGAGCAGGUGAGAGCCUUCCAGAUCCCUCACCUCGAUGAGACGGCCAUCGAACUACGGAUUGGAAUUCACUCAGGUCCGUUGCUGUGCCGGGCGGCCUCAGGCGUGCGUCGGCGAGAUUCAGGAUGCACGCUACUGCCUGUUCGGAGACACUGUGAACACUACUCGGCGGGAUGGAGGUCGACCUCUCAAAGGCCGACCACAUUCACAUCAGCCAGUCGACGAAGGAAGUGCUCGAUAAAUUUGGAGGCUACACAACCGAGGUGCGCGGUUCGAUCCCCGUCAAGGGUAAAGGCAUGAUGGUCACACACUGGCUAAUCUGUAAGACGGAACAUCCAGUAGUGGACACUACACAGCAGCCAACAAGCGUCCCCUGUUGACGAGACAUCGUACGUAUAGUGUACUGCUAGCAAACAUUGCAGUACUGGUCCGGUAAUGGUCCCGUACUGGCUUCACUAUUCUGUGUGUCGUAAGAUUUUUUGUCUGGUAUUGAAGUAUUUAUUAACGUUGUGCCGCGCCGGAAAACGUCGAUUAACGAAUAACAUUGUUUUUAUUUUCCCCACUGCAGAGAAUAGAAUAGA